AUGUCGCAAUCAACGCCAACUCUCCAAAGCUGCUUCAAGAACUCAAGAGGGUCGUUCUAUCGAGUCGAAAAGAAGCGCGUUCGUUUCAAUAGCCAAGACCAAGUGCGCACCUUCCAGCGUCGCUCCGAUGAACUAACAACUCCGCCCAGAACUCCCACCGCAUCCAAGACCGGCUCAGGCUUCGAAGACGAUGACUACAUUGUCGACCUGCACCUUGAGCAAGCUAAAAUCCACAAGCGUAUAUCUAGACAGAAGGCUAUCAUGGAUAGAGACUUUCUCCGCAGGUUACUCACCCCCGGUACUGAGCUAUGCCAGUUGCUCCGGCAAACGCUUUACCAGCGAAGGAAGAAGAUGAAUGCUUACUUGUACAGGCAGAAGAACCGACGCUCCCAGAAGCGUCAAGGUAGAGUACGAGGUAGAUGCCGUGUCAAGAAGCUUCACUGGGAGUUUGCGCAGAGGGUCAAGAACCGUCUUCAGCGAGGUGGUCGGUAUAUUGUUUCACUGCUUCAGCGUGGCUGGAACCUCAACACCAGAUAUCGGGCUAUCUGCCUACGCCUUGCUGGUCUUGUGCUUGAUAUCAUUUUGAUAUUAAGCGUUCCGUACAACAUUAGCAUUCCUUUGCGUCCAACACGAGACUGCCAUCAUCAAAUAUCGACUGUAUCUGGUCGAAUAGGAGGAACUCCUUCCAGAAUUCAAAUGACUCCAAUUCUUGAUGUCUGUUUCGGCACGAGGUCACAGUUCGUUCCUUCCUGCCUUCGGGGAAAGACGAGCUUGAGGAAGAAGAUAUGGAAAGCAGGACACUCGCGCAUCGCCGACAGAGGAUUGUCCCGCAGCAGCAAGAUAAAUCCAAGCAUCAUCCACCGCCCUCCUGUUGCCUACCCCUCAGCUAAGCCAGCCGUCGACCUUGUUCUUUCAUAUCCUCCCGGCCGUGCAAUCAUCGCACCGUGUCACUUGUCCAUCAUGGCAUCGAUAUCGAGCCUUCCUCCCGAGAUGCUGGGUGAAAUUGCCGCAUGCUUCCAAGAUGACACCCCACUUGGUGUAAAGAAGGACUGGAAAGCCGACCAGUAUACGCUCGCGAUUCUUUCUAGGGUUUCUAAGUCAUUCCAAUAUGCAACGCAACCUCUUCUCUAUCGCAAGAUCUAUCUCGCCGUCCGGGACCCAGCCGGCCUCGACAUCUUGUCGUUGAUCAAGGUUCUCUAUCAUCGCAAGGACCUCCGCUCCAAGGUGAAUAAAGUUCAGAUACACUUUGAAAAAGCUUUUUCUUGCCACCUGGAGCGAACUAGGGACGAUGUCCAGAAAGUCGAUCAUCUGGCUCGCGAAAUUGGUCAGACAAGCCUCAGCCGCGCACUACAGGGCAACACAAAUAGUCUAUGGUCAUACAACAAUGUAUUAUCUUCGCUGCUUUUCCAUCAGCUUCGAGGUGUAUCUCAAGUCAUGAUCACUGGGCUGUUUGGCCCGAAGUGGAACGCCGACAAUGGAGUUUUCAACCACUUUGACGAUGUUUGGUCGGUCUUGCCAUAUCUCUUGAUACCCCCCUCAGAGACACCAGAGGCUUUGCUUCCGAACUUGACCUUUCUUCGUUUGGACGCUCACGUAAUUACAACCAUCGAUCUCUCAGACUUUCACUUGCUCACUCGUCUUGCACCCAACCUUGAGGAGUUUGAAGGCUGCGGCUUUGAAAGCGUCCCGGUCCAGGCUUUCAACACUUUCAAAAGGCUCAAGCGUUUGUCUCUUUCGGAAGCACCUCUUGUGGGCAGCGACUUCCCAGACCAGGGAGAAUUUCUCCGAAUUCCGCCUGGUCUUCAUUCUUUUUAUUACAGUACGCGUUUCUCCUGGUUCUCGGAUGAGCAGAACAUUUCUCCGAUGAGGAUCCGACGGGCGCUGGCGCAACAUUCAGAUACCCUGAUUGACAUUCACGUCCAAUGCCACAUCGAAAUGGAGGAGCACAAGUGGUUCGAUACCUUUGGAAUGUUUCAAAGACUCGAGUAUCUUUCGGUGGAUCCAGCGGACUUUGAUUUGAAUUAUCAGAACGCCUUGGACGGCCCAAAUGCGUUCAUCGCCACAUUACCUCGAUCACUUCGAAGCCUAACCUUCCUGGCCCAGCACCACUCGGACUUCACGGACAUCGAAUGGCUUGCCGACGCCGUUCACGAAGGGGACUUUGAAAACCUCGAAAGCUUCACCAUUCAUGUUCCGGACAGAGACAGAGACUUCUUUCACAAGGCUAUGAGCGAAAUCUGGUGUGGGAUCGAUAAGCCAGAGUCUAGGGAGGACGAAGCUUCCUUCUGUGUCAAAGUGGUUUCUAAGACUGAUUCGAGGGAAUUUUGGUGUUAA